GUGUCUUGUUACGUGUGUGCGCGCAGGCAAACAGCCACCACAGGAGGCAAAACACUCAGUCGCAAAACAUGGCGAGGUUAAGCGAGCAUGGGAUUCGCCUCAGUUCCAUGAGUCCUUCCUUCCUGAACAGCAACUCUACGAGUCAUACCUGGCCCUUCAGCGCGGUGGCGGAGUUAAUAGACAAUGCGUCAGAUCCUGGUGUAUCCGCUAAACAGUUCUGGAUAGAUGUAGUUGAGGAGGCCAGUCACCUCUGUCUAACCUUCACUGACAAUGGCAGUGGAAUGACGCCGAAUAAACUGCACAAGAUGCUCAGCUUUGGUUUUACAGAAAAGGGUUCCGGUAAGGCCAGCCAGCAAGCCAUCGGCGUGUAUGGGAACGGUUUCAAGUCUGGCUCCAUGCGUCUGGGUCGCGAUGCGCUCAUCUUCACCAAGAACGGCGGCUGCCAGACUGUGGGAAUGCUGUCUCAGACCUACCUGGAAAACAUCAAGGCCCAGGCCGUCAUUGUCCCCAUUGUCCCCUUCAACCAACAAACCAAAUCUCUGGUGAUGACGGAGGACUCGGAGGCCAGCCUGGCAGCAAUCCUUCAAAACUCCAUUGUCACCUCCCAGGAGCUGAUACAUGCGCACUUUGACUCCAUUCCCUCCAAAAAAGGCACAAAGAUAUUAAUCUGGAACAUCCGCAGGGCCAAAGAUGGCAAGCCAGAGAUUGACUUUGAGACCGACCGAAGUGACUUCCGUUUGCCCUCGAUUCAGAUUGAGGAGCUGAAGAAGGGUCUGAGGAGCAGUGGAUCCCUGAGAGCCGAACAGAGCAUCCCAGAAAUGCACUACAGUCUGAAGGCCUAUCUCAGUAUCUUGUAUCUGAAGCCGAGGACACAGAUAAUACUGAGAGGGAAGAAGAAUCUGGCUAAACUAGUGUCGAAGAGGCUUACACAUAUUGAGCAUGACGUGUACAAACCCCACUUCAGUAAAGAGAAGGUGAAGGUGACCUUCGGGAUGAGCCCGAAAAACAAAGACCACUAUGGCAUCAUGAUGUACCACAAGAACCGACUCAUCAAAGCCUACGAGAAAGUGGGCUGCCAGCUGAAGACUUCAGGUCAAAGGGCAGGGGUCGGGGUCAUCGGGGUCAUCGAGUGUAACUUUCUCAAACCUGCUCACAACAAGCAAGACUUUGAAUACACCAAAGAAUACAGACUCACCCUCGGUGCUUUGGGCCUAAAGCUCAACGACUACUGGAGAGAGGUGACGGAGAAGAAGGCCAGAGAGCGAGAGUUUCAGGCUCUAGACAGAGACGAUAGCGAAGAGGAGCCUGAAGAUGCAGAGACUCCCAUAUGGUUACAGUGUGAAGAGUGCCUGAAGUGGCGAAGCAUCCCUGCAAGUCAUUACAACGAGGUUCCUGAAACUUGGAAUUGCAGUCAGAACCCCAAUCCACGUUACAAAAACUGCUCCUCACCAGAGGAAGCAGAAGACAGCGAGGAGCUGUUAACACCCAGCUACCAGAAGAACCACAAGAAGCAAGAACAUCCCAAAAGCAGAAAACGGGAAAAAUCACUGGAGGUGUGUGCGUUCCAGGACCAAGUGACUAAACAUCAAAUCCUUUCACGCAGUUCAUCAGAGCCAAGCCAACCCACCUUCCAAACCACACACACACCUCACCACAUGAGAACAGCAGAUCAAUGCCUCACGGAGACAAACACAGAUUAUUAUAAAGACACACACACAAAUGAUGACAGUACAGCUGAAGUCACACACACGCAACAAAAGCUCACUGAAAGAGACACAGUCAUUAAAGACAAGACACAAGUGCAUGUGGAAAAUGAGACAAAUGAUCACAGCCUUGACAGUGAAAAGAGAAACAGAAAUAAAGACACAAACAUGGAGCCGAUGGAAAGAGGGGAAGAGAACAUAGACACAUUAAGUCUCAAAAGGAAAUCAGGAUCAUUAUUUUACUGUGUGAAAAAGAAGCCAUGUCUUUGGGAGAAGCCACAGCCUGAGUUAGAAAAUGUGGCAGAGGAGCUGAAUCCUGAGAAACAAACGCCGUCCUCUGAGAAGACCAAGCAGGACAGCAGCAGCCAGAUAGAGAAACCGGGUGACACGGCUCAGCGAUUCCUCACCAACCUCACCUGGACCCACUCACUGCCCUCCACCCAGACUGUGAUGGUGUCUCCACUGAGCCGGACAGAAGGGCCGCGGAGCAGACCGCUACCUCCAGAGAGGAGUGACCGGGAAGCUAACGUGCAGAAGCUUGCUGGGUUGGAGAAAGAGACCCAGAGGCUACGGAGGCUUCUAGGUCUGGAAAUCACAAAGACCACUCAAGGCACGAUGACGGCUGCUGAUAGCAGCGCUGAGAAGGCAAACGAAGGGCAGGUGACGCUGCCAGCAUCCAUAGCCAGGAGAGAUGUUGCGUGCCAGACUGACGUGGCUGAGAGCUCUACUUCAUCCAGCAGCCGGGACCAGGCUCCUGGACUUCAGGGGAUGGUGGUCCAGGAUCAGAGAGCCGUGUGCGGGCCGAAGGAGCAGCCUGAGCAGAACAGACCGAGGAGGGAGAAGACAGAAACUCAGAGCAGGAGGAGAGCCAGUGACGGCGAGGCCUGUGAAGACAGCGGACUGUCGCAGGAGAGUCUGCGUGGCAUCCGCAACAACGUGGUGGUGCUUCUCACUGCCCUCCUGCCCCAACUGGACCUGGCUGGCAUCAGUCUGGACACCCCCGACGUGGACAACAUCCUGCAGCAGAUCAUAGAGGUCAACUCUCUGAAACUAUGAUCGUUUACUGUUGGCAGACACAGGUUUUUCCCAUAUUCUUACACAAAGUUUGAACCAAAAUAUAAAGUAUAUUGUAAUAAUUGUCUUUAAAUGCUCUCUUGGAAGGUAAUGUGGUUUCUCACAUUAUUGUUCUAUUAUUUGUGGUGCUUGCCAUGUUUUAUAUGUCCUUAAGUUAACUGGUUUGCCAUCUACAUAUAACCAACAAUGUACAGCUAAUUAGAGGAACUCAGUUUGCCUCAAAUUACACUGUAGAUGAGAGCACAUGCUAAGAGAGAGUUUCUGUAGAAAUCUGUGAAAAAGUAACAAUUUUCAUAGUUACUAUAUUUUGCAUUAAACAAAGAAAACUUUAACUUUGUUGGAAAACAACAACAGCGCUGUCUCUGAUCUAAAAGAGGUUUGAUCCAGGAAUUUUAAGUUUUACUGUUCAGAGUUGUAACACACUGGUUAUCCAGCUUUCAUUGGCUGCACACACAAAUUGCUAACUAGUGGCAGUUUUUUGUCACAUCUUUUUUAAAUACAUUGUGUUUGGUGCUCGUCUGUUUAAAGAAACUUUAUUGUGCGCCUGCCUGCCUGUAUUGCUGACCCUUAAAUCUGAAAUUGUCUCUGUUUGUUCUGCUUCUGUUUUUAUUGACUAUUUAUGUGGCAUCUGAGUGAGUCGUGGAGUAAUGCUGGUUUCUAGAUUUGUUCACGUAUCCUUAAUAAACAAGACUUUUUACAUUUGCAUUAAAAUACUGAAACCAUA